AUGGAUUUCGAUAUCAAUGAAUCUCUUAAAUAUUAUUUGAGUGACCCCUCCUCUGCUCCUACCCCGGAAGCAGACCCGGAGCUGCUGGACCGCGAAAAUGACCCUGAAUCGUUAACCAGUCCUGUGAUAAACGGGGUGCUAAAUCCCAUCGUCGACGCUGUAGCCGAAAACCCAGAAGGCCUGGGAAGAAGCAGCUUCUUCGACUCAUUACAAUUUCUUCUCAAAUUAUCUUCCCAACUCCCGACAAAAGCCCUCAGCAAGAUUCUGGAUCUUGUUAUCUCGGGUCUUGCUGUCGAAGCCGAUAUCAUCCAUCAUGAUAUGGAGUCCGACGAAUCCGAUACUGUGCAACACCAUAAACAGCUUCUGGAAAUGUACGCAUUCUUGCUGCAGUGGACAUUGUCUGCAGUAGAGACAAAACUGGCAGAAAAGCCCGCUAUAGCAGCCCACGUGCGACGCGGGGCCGGGAAAUCAAAACCAAGGCCCGCUCCAAACGAUGAACGCUGGGACUCUUCCAUCCAAAUCCAGACUGCCAUGGAAGUUAUGUGUAAAGUAUUGAAGCUGAAGCUGGGAAAAAUAUUCAUGACUACCUCUGAUCGUGACACGUUUGUGAACCUUUUUACCAGGACAAUAUACCUAAUUUUAGAAAGAGCACAAACCUCCAUUGUCCAAAGCCUCACAUACUUUGAGCACCUUUCAGAGCCCAUGGCGGAGUUUCUUCAUAUUCUCGCUGAACAGUACGAUUAUCCGCAAUUGUCAGAUGAAAUAUUGAGGGAAAUUGGCAACAAGGAAUUCAAUUCGAACGACAGCAAGGGGCCGAAAUCGGUCUCAGCGUUUAUUAUCAGGCUUUCAGAACUUGCGCCUAGACUUAUAAUUAAGCAAAUGACUCUUUUGGCUAAACAACUUGAUAGCGAGGCUUAUACGUUGCGAUGUGCGGUUAUUGAAGUGUGCGGCAACCUGAUAUCAGAUUUAAGCAAGCAGGAAGAAAGAAAUGAGAACCACACAACGCAGAUUAACUCAUUUUUCGAGGUGUUAGAGGAACGAUUUUUAGACGUCAAUCCAUAUUGCCGAUGUCGUGCCAUCCAGGUUUAUAUGAAGCUUGCCGAACUGGACCAAAAAUUUCCAAAACGUCGACAAACGGCAGCGGAGCUUGCGACUCGGAGUCUCGAAGACAAAAGUAGCAACGUUCGCAGGAAUGCAAUCAAAUUGCUGGGUAAAUUGGUGUCUACGCAUCCGUUUAGUGUAAUGCAUGGUGGUCAGCUUUCGUACAAGGAAUGGGAUGCGAGACUACAGGCUGUAGAUGCGGAAUUAAACUCGCUGAGGCCUCCUCCCGAGACACCUGGCCUCGGCGAAGAUGUGGAUGCCACCAAUAUUGACAGUGAACUGCUUGACGAUGUUACGCAGAUGCCCGAUGACUCUCCCUCAAAGGCUCCAAGAAUGACCGAGGAACAGAAACAACAGGCUAUGAGAAAGGCCGCCGAAGAAGCAGCAACCUCAGAACUGCUCACAAGACUCCAACUGACCAGGAAAUAUUACCUUGAGGCAAUUCGAUUUAUCGAGGUCCUUCACCAUGCUUCACACAUCGUUUCACAGCUUUUGUCGUCCCGAAAUAAAAACGAAGUGAUCGAAGCAAUGGAUUUUUUUGUCAUCAUUGAUGCUUACAAAGUUGAGACUGCCCGCGCUGGUAUUAGACGAAUGCUCCGCUUGAUCUGGACCAAAGGCAAUAGUGACGAGGGCAAAGGCGUUCAAAGCCAUUUAAUCGAUUGCUAUAAGGGUUUGUUUUUUGAGGCUCCGGACUCCUUUAGUUCUAACGAUGCUGCGAACUACAUCGCCCGCAACAUGAUCAGCCUCACUUUUGGGGCAACCCCCGCCGAGCUCACUUCGCUGGAACAGCUGCUCAGUACUAUGAUGAAAAUUGGCCAUAUUUCCGAUGUGGUUAUUGCCAAGCUAUGGCAGGUGUACAGUGUCCAGAAGAAAGAAAUCUCCAAGACUCAAAGGAGAGGGGCAAUUAUCGUUCUUGCUGCAAUUAUCGAGAUUGACUCGGACAGCAAGGAGUGGUAUGGUGUUGCGGAACAUGCGAUUGGAGCGAUAUAUUCACUCGCGAAACACCCCGAUGCUCUUUGUUCUGAAAUCCUUCGCCGGAAAACCAGUACAAACCAGGCGUUCCCAAAGAAGCAUGAGGCGUCUGAAGAUGAUGAACUCGAUCUCAUUGGCGGCACCACAGAAGACGAUUUUACGGAAGCUAUGGCUCAUAUUCGUGAACGUGAGCUACUAUUUGGACCGACGUCACUACUUACCAAUUUCGGCCCUUUGGUUGCUGAGAUUUGCGCUAAUAAUAAUACUUACCCUGAUCGCAAUCUGCAAGCUGCUGCAACUCUGUGCAUGGCUAAACUUAUGUGCGUAUCGGGUGAGUAUUGCGAGAAGAACCUGCCUCUUCUCAUCACCAUAAUGGAACGAUCAGAAGACCCAAUAGUUCGAAGCAACGCUGUCAUUGCCCUCGGCGACAUGGCUGUCUGCUUUAACCACCUCAUCGAUGAGAACACCGAUUUUCUCUACCGCCGACUUAAUGAUAGUGAUGUCUCCGUCAAACGGACUUGUCUGAUGACUCUAACAUUCCUCAUCCUUGCUGGCCAAGUGAAAGUCAAGGGACAGCUUGGCGAGAUGGCAAAAUGUCUCGAGGAUGAUGAUAAGCGUAUCGCUGAUCUGGCGCGGAUCUUGUUGAGUACGGAGAAGAGCUUAGAGGAAGAUGCGCUGCGGAGAAUUAUCAAGUUCUUGGCUGGUUUUGUUGAGAAGGAUAAACAUGCCAAACAGCUAGCCGAGAAACUUGCGGCCAGAUUAGCCAGGUGUAAUAAUGAGAGGCAAUGGAAUGAUAUUACAUAUGCUUUAUCGCUUCUGGCACACAAAAACGAGGAGAUUAUCAAGACAGUCACUGCCGGGUUUAGAGUUGUUAAGACAAAUGCUUAG